UUUUCGAGCCGGCGUUCCUGCUUUGGGAACAGGUUUGUGCGAGACUCCCGGCCCCGCGGAGCUCGAGCGCGCGCAGCUGUGGGGCAAGGGCGCGCGAGUGAGCGCAACCGUGGUGUAGGAGGAGCCGAUCGAGGCCGCGGCGAAGCGGGCACGGGGGAGCGCGCGGGGUGACGCUGACCUUGGAGUGAAUGUGCGACAAGAGGAGCUCGAGCUCACCCUCGAUCAAGGUUUGUAGAGAUAAUUGCUUUUGGGUGAAAUCAUGGAUGCAGUUGUCCACCUCAUUAAUGAUUCUCUGGAAUUCUAUCGUUGGAGCCUUAUCAUUGCAGACAAGCGAGUGGAAAACUGGACUUUGAUGCAUUCACCCCUGCCGACAUUGGCAGUGAGCAGUCUUUACCUUCUCUUUGUCUGGCUGGGUCCAAAAUGGAUGAAGAACAGGGAGCCUUUUCAGCUACGCUCGCUGCUUAUUUUCUACAACUUUGGAAUGGUGAUACUAAAUUUCUACAUCUUUAAAGAGCUCUUCUUUGCUGCAAGAGCAGCAGGAUACAGUUAUAUUUGCCAGACUGUCAACUACACAGAUGAUGUCAAUGAAGUACGGAUAGCGUCAGCCUUGUGGUGGUAUUAUGUUUCAAAAGGGAUUGAAUACUUGGACACUGUAUUUUUUAUAUUGAGGAAGAAAUUUAACCAGGUCAGCUUUCUGCACGUAUAUCAUCACUUCACAAUGUUUACCCUCUGGUGGAUCGGAAUCAAAUGGGUAGCAGGAGGGCAAUCUUUUUUUGGAGCACAUAUGAAUGCCGUUAUCCAUAUUGUUAUGUAUCUAUACUAUGGAUUAGCAGCUUGUGGCCCACAGUUUCAAAAAUAUCUCUGGUGGAAACGAUAUUUGACCAUCCUGCAACUGGUGCAGUUUCAUGUUACGAUAGGCCACACAGCUUAUUCCUUGUACAUUGAUUGCCCUUUCCCAAGAUGGAUGCACUGGGCACUGAUAGCUUACGCCAUUUCCUUCAUCAUCCUCUUCGUCAACUUUUAUUACCAAACUUACAGGGAGCCAAAGAAAGAGCUCAUAAAGAAUGGAAAAAUAGUUGUGAAUGGCAAUGGAAUAGUUAAUGGAAUAAUCAAAUCAGAAAACAAGCUGAUAGUAGAAAAUGGGAAAAAGAAGAAGAAAGGAAAAGCUAAGCGUGAAUAAGAUACAUGGGCAAGGUGAAAAACAAAAGGUUGUGUUUUAAAGCCAAAUAUCGAGUCAGCAAAAGAUGACUGCAUGUGUUUCAGCUGGCUUUCAACCGAUCUGUUGUAUUUUUUGCUGUCUUUGUAACUUAUUGUAUUUACUUUGUAAAUGAUAUUUGUGAUCAAUACAAUAGUAUUGACGUGAUGAUAGACAAGAAAAUUCACCAUUAAAUAAAUUGCACUGAAUAGGUUUUAUGAAAGAGGAA